AUGAAGUAUUUUGAAAAAGAUGCCCACGAUAGUAGACCAUACUACGAAAAUAGGAAACAUGGAUUGAUAAGAAGCGAGUAUAAAAAACCAUAUAAAAAAAUAAUAUGGCCAAUUAAUGCUGGGUUAUAUGAUAUUGAUGAUAAAAAUAUAAAAAGAGAAUUAUGUGUUACAGUAACAAAUAUCCCAGUUUAUUGGACAAAAGAUGAUAUUUUAUGGUUUUUUCGAGAAUAUUUUUAUAAACUAGCUAUUGAUAAAAAUAUACAAUUCCCAUUAAUAGAACAUGCAUAUUUAAUAAAAAAUGAAUCGUUGGCAAUUUUGGCUUGCCAUGACGGAUCAUCAAAAGAAACAAUUGAAAGUUUGUCUAUUUGUAAGUUAAAAAGUGACAAAAAUAAAAAAAAAAUAGUUUUAUCCAUUAAACCAUAUUACAAAAAAAAUGAUAUGGAAGAUAAUGAAAGGGGACACAAAUAUGACACUGAUGGUAAUUCAGACAAAGGAAAACGAAGUGAUGAAGAAAAUAAACAUAACAGUAAAAUGAUGACCCGUUCUUUAACUCCACCAAAAAAUAACGGAAUGGAAUGGCCAAAUGAUCAAGAUUUAAGAAGUUGCAAAGAUAUGGAAGUAAGAAAAAGACUUUGCGUUUUUGGAAGAUAUAAACCGUUGGAUUGGGGUGUAAAGGAGUUAUCAGAAUUUUUAACUAAUUAUUUUGAUGUCUUAAAAAAAGAGCAUUCGAAUUUUGAAAUUCCAAAAAUAUCAGAUAUAUGGGCAAAUAAAGGGACUCAUUUAGUUACUUUGGCAUGCCGAGAUGAAAAAUCUAGAUACAAUAUAUUAUUAAUUAGAGCAUGCUAUUUAAAUGAAGAAGAUGCAAAAAACAAUUUAAAAUCAUCUUUAAGAGUUUGGUUACAAUUUGAAAAAUGGACUUCAUUUGGAAAUCCAAUUAAUAACAAAUAUAAACCAAAUAAUAAUAUUAUAAAAAAUUAUUAUAAUAAAUAUUCUUAUAUUAAUGAACGUAUGAUUGAUAAGAAUAGUUAUAAAAGAAAACCUUUUAGAAAACCAACAUAUGAUGAGUUUCCACGAAACAAAGGUAGUUCAUUUAGGAAUGAUAAUAAUAUAUCUAAUAACAACAAUUAUUAUUAUAGAGAGGAUAAAGGUCGAAAGAAUUAUGAUAAUGCGCAUGGCUCUUUUUCAAAUAAUGGACAUUCUGGGCAUUUUAAUAAAUAUAAAAAAAGAACUUCCCGUUCUCGAUCUCCGCCAAAUUAUUAUAAUAACAAAAGAUUCGAAAGAUCACAAUCUGUGGAAUCAAGAAAGAGACCAUUUAAUAAUCAUUGGAAUAAAAAUAGCAAACCAUACAAUCACUAUAUGGGGGAUAAGUUCAAUAGAAAACCGUCUUAUUACGAAAAAUGA